CAACUGCUGAGUCAGCAGGACGAGGAGAAAACGAACAACCAAAGAGAUGAUGACGAUGACGAGAGUGGCUGCGAGGUGCACCAGCAGCAGCAGACAUGUGAGGAGUGCUGUUGUCGCCCGUCUUGGCGCUGGCGCUGGCGCUGGUGCUGGUACUCGCAAACUAUUUGGGUGCUGGCGCUCGCUGAGUGUGGCGGCGACUGCCGGCGCCAAACAGCGCCAGCAGCGAUGGUUGUCUGUGAAUGCGAGUGAGGCGCAGGUGGUGGCGCUUGGCGACAGCCGCAGCGUGCUGCAAGUGGAUGGUGCCGACGGUGCCGAGUUCCUGCAGGGGAUGCUGACGAAUGACGUGGUGGAGAUGGAGGACAAGGACGUGCGAUUCUCAAUGCUCUUGAACCCGAAAGGUCGGGUCCUUGUGGAUGCUUUUGUACAUCGCAUCUCCCCAGAGCGGUUUUAUCUGGACCUUCCACGUCCACUCAUCCGCAGCGUCGCCGACUACUUUACCCGCUUUCGCCUUCGUUCCCAAGUGGAGUUCAGGGACGUGUCGGAUACCGUCGACAGUGUUGUUGGGAUGAAUGUCGAUGAGAACAGCCUAAAGCAGCUCACCGCUAACUUUGACGUGCUCAACUUCCAGCCAGACCCGAGGAUACACCAGACAGAACCGUACUGCCGCAGCCUGUGGCGUGGCGUGUGUACACGGCCUUCUACCGACAGCGACAGCGACGACAACGCUGCCCACGAUGAGCACACGUAUCAGCAGCUUCGCAUCUCAAUGGGGUUCGGUGAGGGCCCUGUCGACCACCAGCCAAAGAAGUCGCUUCCUCUGCAGUGCAACCUCGACUAUCUCCACGGAGUAUCAUGGACAAAAGGGUGCUACAUUGGGCAGGAGCUGACGGCGCGCACGCACCACAUGGGCAUGACGCGGAAACGCCUCAUGCCCAUCACCCUCCACGCGCCAACCACGGUUGCGCCAGGGAGCAAGGUCAUCAACACAGAGACUGGAAAGGCAGUGGGCGAUGUCAGAUCACAGGCUGGUGUGCAUGCGCUGGCGAUGAUUCGUCUUGAGCCCGCAAAAGGCGCACAGCUGGCUGUUGUCCCACAGGAUGGUGAUGAGCCUGGUGACAUGUGCCCCGUGUCGUUACACUGGCCAAAGUGGUGGCCGGAACAGUGAGUGGAAGGAGGGAAGUAAACGCCACUCGCAUACACGCGCGCAAGUCAAGUAUGAGUCAAGCACAACAGAACUCGGC